AUGUCCGCCGCAUACAACAUCGCAGCGCCCCAAGCCCGCCCAGAAUCUAUCAUCUCGGACGUUUCAGAUGACGGUCCAGACACCGCCCAGCAGAAAUCAUCACGCGACUAUGUUCCUUCGUUAUCUUCCGACCAGUCAUACGGAUACCAGCGUCGUGCUGUGUCACCAACAGAUGAGUACAGCCGUGAUGCGAAUCAGAAAUACGUUUCACCAUCGCAGGCAAGUGAGAACGGCGACACAAGUCUCAGUGAAGUUGCAGAGGCGUAUAGAAACCAUGCCAUGAUAUCUGGUGGGCCUGAUAGAGGCGGGAGAAGAACGCCAAGGGCAUAUGAGAGAGGUGAAGUUACCUCCGAUGUGAUCGAGGGGCUUCAGGAUGAGAUUGAGAGAUUGAGAAAACUGCUGGAUCAAGAGCAGUCUAAAAGAGAGGAGCUAAAGUCGCAGUUUAGUCGCUGGAAAGAUGCGAUGUGA